UCCAAGUAUUUAGCCUUUCUAUAAAGUAAACUUGCUUUCAGUGUCCUUUCCUUGUCAGAUUCUCUUCAACUCCAUUUCUCUCAUCAAUUCUUGAAAAUCAUUCCAAAUCCUUCAACCUUUUUGCAGAUUCUCACUUGAACAGUAUUGGAAUUAGUGCAGCCAAAGGCUCAUUUGGGGCCGCUUAAACCCGGAAUCUCAAAGAAGCUCAAGCUAGGCGCUUUAUUUGCAGGCAAGGUACUAAGGGACCAUGAUUAGGUUAUUUAAAGUAAAGGAAAAACAGAGAGAGCUUGCUGAAACUGCUAAUGGAAAGCCACCAGUUAAGAAACAAAGUGCAGGAGAGUUGCGUCUUCAUAAAGAUAUCAGUGAACUAAAUCUACCCGAAACGUGUAGCAUAUCAUUCCCUAAUGGAAAAGAUGACCUCAUGAACUUUGAAGUCACCAUUCGGCCUGAUGAAGGAUAUUAUAUGGGUGGAACUUUUGUCUUCUCUUUCCAUAUUUCUCCUAUGUAUCCUCAUGAGGCUCCAAAGGUCAAGUGCAAAACGAAGGUUUACCACCCGAAUAUCGACUUGGAAGGAAAUGUGUGUCUCAACAUUCUUCGAGAAGACUGGAAACCUGUGCUCAACAUCAACACAAUAAUAUAUGGCUUAUAUCAUCUGUUCACGGAACCAAAUCAUGAGGAUCCCCUCAAUCAUGACGCGGCUGCUGUCUUGAGAGACAACCCGAAGAUGUUUGCGUCCAAUGUUAGAAGGGCAAUGUCUGGAGGAUAUGUAGCGCAAAUGUUCUUCCAACGCUGCACCUAGCAUUUU